UAGUAUUCCUGUGCGUACGAGCCUCAUACCCUUGCUUUGGGUAGGACUAACUUAUACACCUUAUCUGAAAAAACUUCCUCCCCAUCACUCUGGCACUAGUAAUUUGACAUCUAUCAUUACCAAUUGCCUUUAUAGGACUAGCCCCACAAUUUUAGAAGGAGUUGUGCCUGAAUAUUAAGGACCACUUUGAUAGAGUGUAGCAUGGAGGUUAAAGUCCUCCCAACUCCUUCGAAAAGGGGAUUUGAACCCCACUGAAGAGAUCAAAACUCUUAGUGCUUCCUUUACACCACUUCCUACUAAGUAAAGUAAGCUAAUAUAAGCUUUUGGGCCCAUAACCCAAAAAUGCGGGUUGAAAUCCCCCCUUUGCUGAUGAACCCAAUCCUCCCCUUUAUUUUUUUAUCAUCAAUUUCUUUAGGGACAACACUUACACUGAUAAGCUCACACUGAAUGCUUGCCUGAUUUGGACUAGAAAUUAACACCAUAGCAAUUAUCCCAAUAGCUUACAAUCACCACCCCCAACCAAUUGAUGCCACCAAAUACUUCAUAGCCCAAGCCACAGCUGCAGCUCUGAUCUUAUUCGCUAGUAUACUUAACGCCUGAAUAACGGGACAAUGAUCUAUUGACCAAAUAACACACCCCACUGCCGUAGGGCUUGCCUCCCUUGGCCUAGCAAUAAAAAUCGGAAUUGCCCCCUUCAAAUGAUUACCCGAAGUCCUCCAAGGAUUAGAUCUGACCACAGGACUAAUUCUGUCCACUUGACAAAAAUUAGCCCCCUUUGCCCUACUUACCCAACUCCCACCGCUUAACCAAGAACUAUUUAUUGCAAUAGCCCUCAUAUCAACAGUAAUUGGGGGAUGAGGGGGAUUAAAUCAAACCCAAUUACGGAAAAUUUUAGCCUAUUCCUCCAUCGCCCACUUCGGAUGAGUAUUCCUAAUCUUACAAUUUUCAACCUCUUUAGCUUUAAUCAUGCUUUUAACCUACUUCUUCAUAACUUUUUCCGUUUUCACCAUAUUUAAAAUUAAUAAAUCAAUUAACAUCAACUCACUAUCUAUAUAAUGAACAAAAGCCCCAGCACUUACUGCCCUGACCCCACUUAUUAUUCUCUCAUUAGGAGGACGACCAAAAUGGAUAAUCCUUACCACACUCACAUCACUAGACCUAAACAUGGCAGCCACAUUAACAGCCCUUUCCACCCUCUUAAGCCUAUACUUCUACCUACGACUAACUUAUGCUAUAUCUAUUACCAUACCCCCCGACAACACCUCCGGCACCCUACCCUGAUGUUUACACAACCUAAACCUGACCAUACCACUAGCCUCCGCUUCAACACUCACAAUUAUACUUCUACCAAUUCCACCCACAAUACUGUCAACACUAAGCUAGAGGUUUAGGAUAACAUCAAAACCAAGGGCCUUCAAAGCUCUAAAUAGGAGUGAAAAUCUCUUAACCCCUGAUAAGACUUGUGGAAUACUACUCCACAUCUACUGCAUGCAAAACAGACACUGUAAUUAAGCUAAAGCCUUUCUACAUGAGCAGGCCUCGAUCCUACAAACUCCUAGUUAACAGCUAGGCGCCCAAACCAGAGAGCAUGCCUUUCAGAGCGGGAAGGCGGGGGAAAGCCCCGGCAGAUGUUAAUCUACUUCUUUGGAUUUGCAAUCCAACAUGUGAUACACCUCAGGAUUUGGCAAGAAGGGGGUUCAAACCCCUGUAUAUGGGGCUACAAUCCACCGCGAUGCUCAGCCAUCCUACCUGUGAUAAUCUCACGCUGAUUAUUCUCAACCAACCACAAAGAUAUCGCACCCUUUAUUUAGUAUUUGGGGCUUAAGCCGCAAUAGUGGGUCCUGCUCUUAGCCUAUUAAUUUGCACAGAAUUAAGACAGCUGGGCGCUCGACUAGGCGGCGACCAAAUUUACAAUGUAACUGUAACAGCUCAU